GGGGGAGAAGGGCGGCGAGUCUCGCGAUAUUUGAGCAAAAGCCUCGCGAGAGUGUCUCCCUGCCGGUGCGUGGCGGAGCUCGGGUACGUCGGCUGCGGGAGUGCCGUUACCGCACUGCUCCGUUUACACCGUGCCGAUCACCCCACCGGAUCUCGUAGGGUUUCUGAGGCAAGUCUCGCGUGGCCUGGAGGACCACAGUCAGGCCUGAGGAACGCUUUGGCCGUGGACGCCAUUUUGGCUUCUCUACAUCUAGCCACUGGGUGCCGAGCGUGUGCUGAGCCUCCUCACCCACACAAGUAGCCAGCAAUGGGGAAGGCUGCAAAGCGCAAGAAAAAGGCCUCCACAUUUUCAAAAGCCAAGGGCUCAGCAGAGCCAACCAUAGCCAUGGUGAAGAGCAAUCCCUUUGAGGUGAAAGUCAACAGGCAGAAGUUUAACAUCUUGGGAAGGAAGACCAAGAACGAUGUGGGGCUGCCUGGUGUGUCACGGUCCAAGGCUAUCAAGAAGCGAACUCAAACGUUAUUGAAAGAAUAUAAAGAAAAAGAAAAGACAAAUGUGUUUAAAGAUAAGCGUUUUGGUGAAUAUAACACUAAAAUAAGUCCAGAGGAAAAGAUGAUAAAACGAUUCACUUUGGAAAGACAGCAAAACUAUGGAAAGAAAAAUAUCUAUAAUCUUAAUGAAGAUGAAGAAUUAACUCAUUUUGGCCAAUCUUUAGCAGAAAUUGAAAAACUGAAUGAUAUUAUUGAUAGUGAUAGUGACACCGAUGAAAGGGGAGCAUUGUCAGCUGAGUUAACUGCUGCUCACUUUGGAGGGGGCGGAGGCCUUCUUCGUAAAAAAGCAUCUAGUGAACAGGAAGAUGAAGAGGAGGAAAAACCUAAAUCUAGGAAGGAACUCAUAGAAGAGUUGAUAGCCAAAUCUAAACAAGAAAAGCAAGAAAGGCAGAGUCGGAGAGAAAGUGCCUUAGAACUUACUGAAAAGCUUGACAAUGACUGGAAGGAAAUCCAAACCCUUAUGGCCCGCAAACCCCCAAAGUCAGAAAGAAAGGACAAAGAGGCAGAAAAACCCAAGCCUGAUGAAUAUGAUAUGAUUGUUCGAGAACUUGGAUUCGAGAUGAAAGCAAAACCUUCAGAAAGGAUGAAGACAGAAGAAGAAUUGGCAAAAGAGGAGGAGGCGCGACUCCAGAAGCUAGAGGCAGAUCGACUACGUCGAAUGCGUGGAAUAGAUGAACAAGAGAAUAAAAAGAAACCCAGCCACGUGUCAGCUGAUGAUCUAGCUGAUGGCUUUAUCCUGGACAAAGAUGACAGACGUUUAUUGUCUUACAAGGAUGGAAAAAUGAACAUUGAAAAUGUGGAGGAGGAGGAGGACAAAGAAGAGGAGGAGGACAAAGAAGAGGAAGAGGAACAGGAAGAAGAGGAAGGUGAGAAGGAAGAUAAUGAGAAUGAAGAAGGUGAGGAAGAAUCUGCUACUGAAGAUGAGGAGGAUGUUGCAUCAGAUAACCACUCGGAUCUUGAGUCGGAUCUUGAGAGUGAAGAAGAAGCUGCAGGAAAUAAAGAACAAAAGAAACAAAAGACAAAUGAAAAUGAAUCACAGAAUGUGGAGGAACUGGAUCCAAAAAUGGAAGCUGCCAAAUCAGAGCUUCCAUAUACAUUUGCUGUUCCUGAGUCCUAUGAGAAAUUUAAAUCUUUAUUGGCUGGAAGAACAGUAGAGCAACAGCUUAUUAUACUGGAGAGGAUUCAGAAAUGCAAUCAUCCAAGUCUUGCAGUGGGAAACAAAACAAAGUUGGAAAAACUGUUUGGCUUUCUUCUGGAAUAUAUUGGAGAGUUAGCAACUCUGGAUCUACCAGAGCUGAAAACAAUUGACAAACUCAUCCUGCCAUUGUACAAUCUUUGCCAGAUGUUUCCUGAAGCAGCCAGUGGCAAUAUUAAGUUUGUCCUUCGAGACGCUGCACAUGAGAUGGAAGAAGUAAUUGAAGUCAAAGGCCGUGCAACAUUUCCAGGCUUAGACACGCUUAUUUAUUUGAAAAUUACAUCUCUGCUGUUUCCAACAUCUGACUUCUGGCAUCCAGUUGUAACUCCUGCUUUUAUAUACAUGAGUCAGCUGCUUACUAAGUGCCGCAUCACAACAUUGCAAGAUGUUAUUAAAGGUUUGUUUAUAUGCUCUUUGCUCCUGGAAUAUGUAUCUCUCUCCAAAAGAUUUGUACCAGAACUCAUCAAUUUUCUUCUUGGAGUACUUCACAUAUCUCUACCCAAACAGCAGGCCCAAGGUGAGUUUGUUAGUAUAAAUGAGUUAAGAAAUUUUUAUAUUAGUGUUCUUUAAAAUUUCAUUAAUUAAUUAAUUGUCUUUCACAAUGAAUCUAGUGUUUUGAACAGAAGAGUCCAACCAUCUGCUAGACUAGCUUUCCAUAGCUUUGAUCUUUCAGGAAAGAAACAACGUUUUUUAAAUUGCUCACAAUUGCUUCUGCAGUUUUGUUCUAAAUAGACCACGUUAUAGGACUGCAGCCUAAAAUUCACAGUUCCUAUAGGAUUACAAUGAGUACUCUGUUCUUCACAGUAAAGAAGCAGUUAAUGCUGCAGGCACUCUUCCUCAUCAGCUAAUAGCCAUUUCAUCAAGAGAAGUACGUCACAAAAUUGUUAUUUUUCCUUUUUGUUUGUGUGUCAGGGAUUUGUUGUAGUUUAAUAGAAGGCAGCUAUCCCCAUAAGCAGAUUAGUCUAUGCUGUAACAUAACUGUGUAAACUUAGUUUGUGCAGACAACAAGAACAAUAAAACUGUCUUUUCAAUGGAAUCCAUCUGCUAGCAAGUGAUUUUCAAUUGCCAGUCUUCCAGUCUUUGUCUUUCUGUGACUUUUUUUUCUGUGUGGACUCAUCUCUAGCUUUAAAAUUGCUCCAGAUCUGAAGCUUCUUGUUAAAGUGUUUAGUGACAAAAAUUCACCUAGAGGAGCUUAGUCAGAGCACAUUGCUAAUUCAUGUGCUAGUGUUUCUGUCUGGGUCACUCAUAGUGUCUUUGAGCACUGCAGGAGGAGUAUUCUCAAAUGAAAAAUUACAAUUAUUUAUUGGCAAAUACUCAGAGAAAACAUCUGGGAUUUAAUGAACUUACAGGGUAAUUAUUACUGUGUUAAUCGCUGUUGAUGAAACACGCCAAGUCUUUGUUCUCUGGGCGUGGAAGGUGUGGAAGGUUCAUCUUCUGUUGUUUCAGUAUUUCAGUUUAUCUUCAGCAUUACUGAGUAGUUGUCUUGCAGUUCCCUUUUUUGCUCCUUCAAGACUUUCAUGCCUUCUUGUGCUCGUGUUCUUUUCUUCUUCUGUGUUCUUGAGCUACCCGUGACCCCUUUCUCAACAAGCUUAGUAUUGCAUUUUCACCUUUAUUAGCUUGUGUGGCUGUAACCUGUAGACUCACCCAGCUCCUUCUCACAGUGUAGCAGUUUUCUCUGAAGUGUGAGCCAAGGUUACACAGCUGGGUUGCAUCAGAGCUAAAGCACUGGAUUCUCAGAACACCAACAGCUGAGCUCUUAGAAUGAGAUGGGAAGAGGCUACAGAGUGGGUGGGUUACACUGUGCUUAAACUGUUUUCUCCUUUGUGUAGUCUUGUAGGAGUCGAUGAUCUACAAAGGUUUUAGAUACCAUUAAAAUACAGGUUUUUGCAAAAUCAGAUAAGCUUUUUAAAAAUAAUUAGUGGUAAUUAUUUAAGUUUUAACCUUUUUUAAUUCCUUUGUAUUUCUGCUAGUGUAUUUACAUUAGUUAAAUUUUCAUGGUGUUGUUAAAGUUUAUACUAAAGGCACAGCAUUCUCUUUCUGAAAAUUUUUCACUCAACAUUGAUGUUUUGAAGUUACCAGAUCUCCCAUCGUGUUUAUAACUAUCAUUCAGGGAACUGUUACUUAUAAAUGUGAUGGUUUUACUUUGCAGCAGAGAAUAUUUUAAAGCAAACUGACAUCCAGCUCUCUGGAAUAUUUUAUGUUGUCACACCAAAAAAUUUCUUGAGGUUUUAUUUUGACAAUGGGUAACAUCAACAAGUAGAACUGAUAUUGUUUUCGUUAUAUGAGUUUAAUCCAUUUAUUUUUCACAUGAAAUGGUACAGAAUACAACUUCAUGAAAGACUGAAAUACACUUUCUGAUCUGGUUUAGGCCUUUUUUUUUUAGUAGAAAAGCUGGAGGGAAAGAGUAGGAAGGAAUCACCAUUGUUAAUAGCCUCAGUUAAUGGAACUCUCAUUUAGAGCUGCUAUCCUCUCACAAAUAAAAGAAAUAAUAAACAGUUUUGAAAUUAGUUCCAUUGUAAGCUUGCAGAGCUUAGAGAAUAAAGAAA